UGAUCUGUGAUUUGUAUUUAUUAAAUUGUCAUACGAACUAAUUUUACUUGUACUCCUUGAAACGUUUUUUUAUAAAAUAUCUAGUUUAUAAUUUUUAAUUAUAGUUUGAACAUGGACGUCUUUUUAAUGAUUAGGCGAAAAAAAUUAACCAUCUUCACGGAUGCCAAGGAUACUACGACUGUAUUAGAACUUAAGAAAAUGAUUGAAGGCAUUUUAAAAGUUCCACCACCUAGUCAGAUGCUGUUUAAUAAAGACAGUCAGUUGAUGGAAGAUGAAAAAACCCUAGCAGAAUAUGCCUUAACCUCAGUUACUGCUAGAGCACAAUGCCCCGCACCAAUUGGACUUGCUCUCAGGAAAGAAAAUGGUGAGUUUGAAGCUCUGGAUCUCACUCCCUAUUCUUCACCACCAGAUCUGCCCGAUGUCAUGAAGUCACAGGAAGCCAAUGGACAGGAACAGAUGGAUCAACACUAAAUAAGCAUCAAAUGUCAAGCUUGCGAUACAUCCAGCAUCUUAGUAUCAAUGUAAAUACACAGGCAAUAUUUAAUGCAGUAUGGCUAUACCUAUAUAGCAACAACAAGUUGUUGUUUUUUUUAUACUUGGCAACUCAAAAUGUUAGUCAUGAAACAAUUACUGGCAUUAUAUACAAAAUUUAUGUAAUAGACCAUUCAGAGUUUAAUUAAUUUCAUUAAUUAAUAUUUACAUAAUGCCAAAAAUAAUAAAAUUUUAUCGUAGUUGUCAGUAUUGAGGAUGACACCACUGCAACCGUGUUUAGGUUUAGAUCAUGCUCACUGACAGACACAAGUCAUGUGUAGUAUGCAGGAUGGGUUGAUGAGUUUCGUGAUAUUUGUGUAGGUGUAUCUUCUACUUUACUCAAAUCACCUAUCCUUGGCUUAUUCACAUAACUCAAAUUUUUUUUACUAAAACAAUUAACUUAUAUCAUAAAUGUCGCGCUUUAAUCUGUUAAGUAUUACAAAAAUGAUUUUAAAUUAAUCUAUAAUGGCAACAUGACAUAGUUUUGUUUAAGUAUGAUAUACAUUUUUGAUAUGAAAUUUAAAAAAAAACCUAUAGUGUGGCAGAGUUCUGAUUUUAUUGAAUAGUUCAAGCUAAAAAAAAUUAGUCAAUUCUAGGGGAAGAAGGAAGGAAGUUGGGCAUAGUAGUUUGAUUUUCAUGUAAUUUAAUUCAUUAAUAUGGUAUAUAACUAUUAGUAUAGGACAAUCUAUAUAUAGUAGUUAAAACAGGGCAUAAAACAUAUUUUGGGGCUUGUAAUUUCAUAAACUUACUUAAUUUUUACACAUAUAGAAUUGAAAAGAGCUAAUUUAAAAUCUAGUGUAAUACAUAAUAUAAUAAUUUUGACAUAAAAAUGUGUUGUAGGCCCCAAAAGUAAUUGUUCCUUAAUAAGAAGAUUUCUUAUUGGUUGAUUUGUUUAAACUUAAAGCUAUUGUUUAUUUAUACCUUUGUAUUAAGAUAUUCAUGAGGUUUAAUGUUUAAAUUCUAAUUCUAGAAUUCACUUUUACAUGAGAACUCACAUGUAUGAAAUAAAAAUGUUAAUUGCACACUAAUUAAAAAUGAACCAAUUCUGCUCUAUGUAUGCAAAAUCUAUGUAAUAUUUAUUUUCAGUCUUGCAAAUUGAAUUUAUUUUAAUGAAAGGUCUGUAAAAACCAAUGUUCUUAUCUGUCAACUGCAUGUAAUCGGGAUAAAAGUAAUUUGAAUAAUAUAUGUUUAUACAUAUUACCAUACCAUAUUUUGUAGUGAAGUGCUACAAGGUUGGUAUAUUAUUAGGGUAUGAAAAUGAUAUUUAUUUGCCAUUAAAAUAAUGCAAUAAAAUUAAAAUACUUGUAACUUUUGUUCUACUGUAAAAUUUCCCUUUUAAGUAUUUACUUUAGUAACAGCAAAGCAACUCAAUUUAGGGGCUGGUUUCAUUAUAAAACUAAGCUAUAUGUGUAAUGUAUAUGAGCGAUAAUUAUUUAAUUAUAUAAACAUUUUUAUCUAGAUUGCAUGUAAGAUGAAAAAAUAGGCAAGACUUGUGAAAAUUGGUAGUGUCAAAGACGAUCCUGUCUUAGGUAGUGUCAUGUGCAAGUAUGGGAUGUAAUAAGAAUCAGCAAAAAAUAAAGCUGUUUUUAUUUGU